UCGAUGCUAACCUUAUCAUGCCUAUUUUGGCUCCAAAGGUUACUCGCAAUCUUCCAGAAAGGCAAGUCCCGCCUACCGCCCGGUCCGAGAGGUCUCCCGGUCGUUGGUUACCUCCCAUUUCUAGGGCACAACCUCCACAAGUUCUUCAUGGAACUUGCCCAAGAGUACGGCCCGAUUUGUAAGCUCUCGAUCGGCACCAAACUCUAUGUUAUUGUAAGCUCUCCAAUCUUAGUCAAAGAGAUACUACGUGACCACGACAUCGUGUUCGCCAACCGCAAUCCUAGCAAGGCCUCGUUGGUCUUCUCCUAUGGAGGGAAGGAUAUCGCCUUCGCGCCUCAUGGUCCCCAGUGGCAAAUGAUGUGGCAGUUGUUCGUGUGUGAGAUGCAAAGCACGGCAAAUCUCGAUGCCUUUCGCUUGCACAGAAGGAGAGAAGUCGUGAAGAGCGCAAGAGAUUUGUGCGUUAGGGUGGGACUGCCGGUUAAAGUCAGGGAAGUGGGGUUCCGGACAGUGAUCAACAUGAUAACAUGCAUGUUCUGGGGCGGGACACUCGGGGAGGAGCAGGCGGCGCGCAUCGGGGAGGAGUUUCGGGAGGCGGUGGCACAGCUUACCGCUCUAUUGGGGAAGCCUAAUGUUUCGGAUUUCUUUCCGAUGAUUGCUAGGUUUGACGUGCAAGGAGUGGAGAGAGAGAUGAAGGAGGUGGGGGCUUGGAUUGAGAGGAUCUUCAACUUUGUCAUACGUCAACGCAUGAGUUCGGAAGAAUUAGGAGGAGGCAAAGGAUGCGAGAGGAGGGACUUCUUGCAAUUUCUUUUGGAGUAUAAAGAAGAAGAAACUGGGAGAUCAAUAACGCCAGAACAAAUCAAGGCUUUGCUUAUGGACAUCGUUAUUGGAGGUGCCGAUACCACGUCGACCAUGUUCGAAUGGACAAUGUCCGAGCUGCUACUACACCCACAGGUCCUUCUCAACGUCCAGAAAGAGCUCCACGACAUUGUCGGGCUGAACAACAUGGUCGAGGAGUCCCAUAUCCACAAGUUACCAUACUUGCAUUUGGUAGUGAAAGAAGCUCUGAGACUGCACCCUGCAGCUCCGCUUCUGUUGCCGUGCAGCCCGAGCCGAACCUGCACAGUGGGCAGAUACACCAUACCCCAAGGCACUAAAGUCUUCUUGAACGUGUGGGCCAUGCAUCGAGACCCGCGGUUCUGGUCCAACCCGUCCGAGUUCAGGCCUGAGAGGUUCUCCGUGGGGGGAGACGCUUCUGAGUCGCAAUACUCGGGAGGGGAUUUGCGCUACAUACCGUUCGGGUCGGGGCGGCACGUGUGUGUGGGGCUCCAACUGGGGGAGAGGAUGCUAAUGUAUGUAUUGGCUACGUUCCUGCAUUUGUUCGAGUGGAGAUUGCCACCGGCGGUAUGGAGUUGGAUUGCGACGAGAAGUUUGGGAUGGUUCUUGAGAAGGCCACUCCACUCAUUGCUAUUGCCACUCAAAGGGUACCUAACUUGCAUCUCAUUGUAA